UUCUUCUCUUCCAUUCUUCACCUCCCAUGGAUGCUGCUCAUACCCACAACUUCACCCUCCCUCCCGGGUUCCGAUUCUAUCCCACCGAUGAAGAGCUCGUCGUCCAUUUCCUCCAUCGCAAGGCCGCCUUGUUACCGUGCCACCCCGAUGUCAUUCCCGAUCUCGCUCUCUUCCCCUACGAUCCAUGGGAACUCGAAGGGAAGGCGUUGGGAGAGGGCAACCAGUGGUAUUUCUACAGUAGAAAAACUGACGCUCGAGUUACCGCUAAUGGCUACUGGAAUCCAUUGGGCCGAGACGAGCCCGUCGUCGCUUCCGCCACCGCCGAAGUCGUCGGAAUGAAAAAAUAUUUUCUCUUCCACGUCGGCCACGUCAAAACCAACUGGGUAAUGCACGAGUAUCGUCUUUACAACGCCGCCUCCGCCGCCUCCGCCGCCGCCGCCAGUAGAUCGUCCAGACGCCGAGGACGUCCAAAACUAGAUUACAGCAAAUGGGUAUUGUGCAGAGUUUACGAGGAAGAAGAAGAAACUGGGGCGGAGCUGUCGUGUUUGGAUGAAGUAUUCUUAACGCUGGAUGAUCUCGACGAAAUAAGCUUACCGGAUCGCCUCCAUUGAAGAUAAGGAUAGGAUUCACCUGUUACCAAACACUCCCUUACACGUGGCACUAAAUUACCA